AUGAACCAGAAUCCUGGAGACCACUGGCGCGGGCCUGGAGGGCCCCCUCAGAGUGAGGCCCAGCCACAGGGAAGACCUUUUGCCAGCUUUGGUCCCAAUGGACCAGCGCAACCACCUCCCCACUUACCACCGCCGCCCUCGUCUUAUCAUCAACACCACUCGCAGCCUUCGGGAAGUCACAGCCUGUCCAUCGCAGACUUGACUCAGGGCCCUCCCAGUCAUCAGCAGCAACAUCAGUAUAAUACUCAACCACCGCCUCCACAGCCCCAAGGUCUCCCAAUAGGGGGGCCUAUGGGACAUACCAUGCCUCAGCACUCACCCCAAUACCUCGGCCGCGAUAGGGAAAUUAGAGAGCUCCGGGAGCGAGAAAUGAGGGAGCAUGAGAUGAGGGAAAGAGAGAUGCGCGAGCGUAACAACCUCGAGAUGCAAAGACAAAGAGACGAAAUGAUCAUGCGUGAACGAGAGCGUGAGGCUCAGGAGAGGGAACAAAUGGAGCGCAUGCACCGAGAACAACAACAGCAUCAGCAGCAAUCGCAACAGCAAGCACAGCAACAACAGCAGUCGCAACCGCAGCAACAGCGCCCUGUCCAGAGCCAUGCUGGCUCCAUUCCUAUCCAUCAACCUGUAGCCUCGAAGGUUCAAAACUCCAUACAUGGUCCGAAUGGCCUUCUGGCAAAUGGCGGGCCAGGUGCUUCCACCGGCGGGGGCCUUUUUGCAGGACCGGGACAACAUGAAUCGCAGAGAUCAUCCCAAUACAUGCAGCAACCGGUGCCGACGGCGCCGCCACAACCGGGUCAGCCUUUUAUGCCUGGUCCAUCUCCCAUGCCUGCUCCGGCACAACUAGCCCACGGCCAACAACCCAUUCUGAAUGACGCUUUGAGCUAUCUUGACCAAGUCAAGGUACGCUUCAGUGAUCAUCCGGAUGUUUAUAACAGGUUCUUAGACAUUAUGAAGGACUUCAAGAGCCAAGCAAUUGACACGCCGGGAGUCAUUGAGCGUGUAUCAAAUCUGUUCAACGGUCACCCCGCCCUCAUUCAAGGUUUUAAUACCUUCCUUCCGCCAGGGUACCGCAUAGAAUGCGGGACCGAAGAGAAUCCAGACGCCAUCAGGGUCACAACUCCUAGUGGUACAAUGACCCAGUCCCUCCAGGGCAGAGGCCGCGCGCAAUUCGAGCCUGCCCCGCAACCUCCAGUUGCUCGACAAGAUACAUUUGAAAGCAGACACGGAUGGGGCCAGCCCCUUGGCGCUUCGCCAGGCGCGAGAUCGGCAGAACUGCCUGGAUAUAAGCCGGCAUCUGGUGAAAGACCCAUGGAUGAAGUUUCCAGUGCCGUUACUCAGCAAGAACAACGUGGCGUCUCAACUCUCCAAAGUGCAGUUACUGCGGUGACUAACGGAGCGUCAAGGCCGGCUCUUGCCGUAUCACCUGGACCAGGUCAAGGCGGUACAUAUCCUCAGCAGGCCGCCGCGUUCAGUGGUAAUGCGGGCAUCGGUGAAUUGAAACGUGGGGGACCGGUCGAAUUCAAUCAUGCUAUCAGCUACGUGAAUAAGAUAAAGAAUCGGUUUGCGCAACAACCUGAGAUUUACAAGCAGUUUCUUGAGAUCCUGCAAACUUAUCAGCGAGAGUCGAAACCGAUCCAGGAUGUAUAUGCUCAGGUCACACAGUUAUUCAUAUCUGCUCCAGAUCUGCUCGAGGAUUUCAAACAAUUCUUACCCGAAUCUGCGGCUCAAGGAAAGGCACAGGCUGCUCGCGCUAUGAAUCAACAAGAAGAGACUAGCAAUGUUCGCGGCGAACCUGGAUAUGCAAGCAGCGCCGUUCCCCAAGCUCAAACUCCGAGGCCUGCCUCGAAAAUGCCACCCAUGGGCCAGUUUGACCCACCUAGCACAAGCAAAGACAACAAAAAACGCCGCGGAGGACCUGGAACCGCUCAUUCCAACCAACCGGCGGCACAGCUAGUUGUUGACACCAGCGUCACCCAAGGUCCACGAGCUGCUCCCGUUCAGGUUGGGAAUGUUAGCAAACGCCCCAAACUCGCCACUCAACGUCAGCCACAACCUGAUUUGGUCGUCACUUCACCAACCCUCGUGCCGCAACUGCCUGAACCCCUUCCACCGUUUCCUAACUCAUCUACCACUCAAGAAGAGCUUGCAUUCUUUGACCGCGCAAAAAAACAGAUUGGCAACAGGGCCAGUUAUGCUGAGUUUCUCAAACUCAUCAACUUGUAUUCUCAAGAUCUUAUCGACAAGUACACUUUGGGAGACAGAGUUGGCGCUUUCAUCGGUGGCAAUCCUGAUCUAAUGAGUUGGUUCAAAACCUUCCUCGGUAUUGAGGAUCAAGAGGAGGUGAUCGAGGCUCGUAUACGACCCGAUCCUGGCCGCGUCAAUCUCUCCCAUUGCCGUGCCCUUGGACCUAGCUACCGUCACCUCCCUAAGCGUGAUCAGGACAAACCUUGCAAGGGACGAGAUGGGAUGUGUUAUGAAGUCCUGAAUGAUGUUUGGGCUUCUCACCCUACUUGGGCUUCCGAGGACUCUGGCUUUGUCGCACACCGCAAGAAUCAAUAUGAGGAAGCUUUGCAUCGAAUCGAAGAAGAGCGACAUGACUAUGACUUCCACAUCGAGUCAUGUCAGCGGACCAUUCAACUCAUGGAGCCCAUUGUCCAGCAAAUUGGAGUUAUGAAUGAUGCAGAUCGAGCCGCCUUCAUUCUAGCACCAGGUUUGGGUGGCGCAAGCGAAGCCAUCCCCAAACGCAUCAUCAUGAAGAUAUACGGCCGCGAGGCCGGCGCUACGGUGAUGAGAGAAAUGUUUGCCCGUCCCACCGCCGUCCUGCCGAUUGUUCUUGCGAGACUCAAACAGAAGCUUGAAGAGUGGAAGCAAGUGCAACGAGAAUGGGAAAAGGUCUGGCGCGACCAGAUUCACAAGCAAUUCUGGAGAAGCCUGGACCACCAGGGAAUCAACGCGAAGAAUCUCGACAAGAAGAACUUCCAGCAAAAGGCACUAACGAGUGAGAUCCAGGCGAAAUACGAAGAAGCGAAGAAGAACCGCGACGACGGUAUUGUCGGGAAGCGGCAUCAGCUCCAGUACUAUUUCAAUGACUUGGACGUCAUCACCGACGCGACCCGGUUGAUCCUGGUGUCCUUGGACUCCGACAGGCAACAGACCUUUAACAGCGGGGAGCAAGAGCGAAUUAGGGGAUGGUUGGUUGACUUCCUCGUCCGUUUUUAUGGUCUCGAUGGCGAAAAGUUCUUGGAACAAACCGAGAUUGUAUCAAUAAGACACCAUCACGAGCAUGACGAAACUGCCGAUGGUCAUGAUAGCGAUGCUCACCCCCCGGCCAAGGGUAAGGCCCAGCGGAAGUCGGACUGGCUUAGGAGGAUGGCACUUGAAAGGAGACAUGGCAAGGAGGACAGCGUUGCAUCGGCAAGCAAAGAGUCUACCCCAGCUCCAGGUGCUAGCAGCGAGAUGGAAGUUGACGAAGAUGCUCCGGUGUCAGAUGUCCCUGAUGAGCCUCAACAGCCGUGGAUCAAUGUGGCCAACAGCGAUACAUCUGCCCGUCAUCUGGCUAUGGACGAGACAUAUCCCCACACGACGUUCAACCUCUAUGCGAACGCCAACAUCUACUGCUUCUUCAGACUGUUUGAGAUGCUGUACAGCAGAUUACUUGCCAUCAAGCUCAACGAACCUAAUGUCCAAGAAGCUGUUGCGAGACACAAGGGUUUAAAGGGAAGAAUUAAGCCUGCCAUCGAGCUCCGCAUGAUUGACAAAGGACCGGACUACUUCUUUUAUAACAUUGAGGGAAAGCAGAACUACUAUCAACAAAUAUUGCAACUGUGCCAGGAGGUCUUGGUGGGCACUGUCGAUCUCGCUCACCUUGAAGAGACGCUGAGGCGUUACUACAACAAGAGCGGCUGGCAACUUUACACGAUCGACAGACUUGUCUCAGCUAUUCUUCGCUUUAUUAUGAACAUCCUGGGUGGCGAUGCUAAGGACAAGAGCGUUGAGAUCACGAACCUCUUCUUGCGAGAUCGAGAGCGCCCCGACACCAGCAGAAAGCAGGAAAUUCAGUACCGAAAGCAGGUUGAGCGAUUGUCCAAGGACGCCGAGGUGUACCGUAUCAGCUAUACUCCUGAAGAUCGGCUUUGCACCAUACGCUUAUUCCCAUCCGAAGAUGCUACUUUUGACAGCGACUCUCUCUCAGAUGAAGCUCGGUGGCAGUACUACAUCGCGUCUUACACAAUGACCGACGCAACCGAAGGUGUAGACCAGUCGCGGAUGCACUCCCCCUAUCUGCGACGCAACAUUGCUCCCCAGAACGCCAACAUUGAAGCCGCAUAUCAGGAGGUGUACGGCAACCUUGAUAACCUCGAUGAGCAGACUGCCUUCAUCAGUCCUGACUCCUACAAGCUUCUGCUUCAAGGUGAUUUCGGGUUCUUUCGACGAAGCGCGGUUGAGAAGCCGCCGAGAAAACCAUACGAAAAGGGUAGAAUGGAGGAAAGCGAGAGAUUCAGAGAGAAGUUUGUGCGCAACACGGCGUGGAUGAGGGACCAGAGAGCCGAGGAUGUCGAACGCAAGAAGGCCGCGUGGGAGAGAGGCGUGAGAGACGGUUUUAGCGGCUACGACAUUUGA